AAGCUAACUUUUAGGGAAAUUCCUGAGGAAAUAAUAAGUAUAUAUGAGAAGCCGCUCUGGAUGUCUUCCAUUAUGUCUUACAUGCAAGGUGUAGUUUUCAUUUUGUUGCUUCGCUGUCUGGUGACGAGAUAUGGGAGGCCGGUUAUGAGAAGAGAUCCUGUCUUUAGGAUCUCUGCACAGAGAAAGCACUCCCGUCCGAAUCCUGAGAAGCCUCCCGAAGAUGAUGAUAGAGAUGUGCAGGAGGAAAGGGCCCGGGCCCAGAGCGCUCUGGCCUCUGCCAAUCGGGAAGGGAAACCAGUGAUCAUUGUCCACAACCUGCGCAAGGAGUACCAAGGCGGAAGGUCUUGUUCCUGCUGCUGCUUCAAGGACAAGCAGGGGAACAAGGUGGCCACUAGAAUGGUCUCUUUUUGUGUCAAAAGAGGAGAGGUUGUAGGGCUCCUGGGGCCCAACGGAGCUGGCAAAAGCACCACAAUGAACAUGAUAAUAGGAGACAUGGAUCCGACUGCCGGACAGAUGCUGAUAAAAGGGGCUGAUGUGGCUGCAAGAGAAGAAAAUGCCAUUGGAUUUCUUGGCCAUUGUCCUCAGGAGAAUGCCCUCUGGUCCAACCUGACCAUGAGAGAACAUCUGGAGAUUUAUGCUGCUGUGAAAGGCAUUCGGAAAGGUGUUGCUGCCAUCGCGAUUGACCGAAUAGCUGAAGCUCUAGGAAUUCAGGAGCAUUUGAACAAGACUACUAAGACAUUAGCUGCUGGAUUAUCAAGAAAACUAUGCUUUGCCCUGAGCAUACUGGGCAAUCCAACAGUGAUGCUAUUAGACGAACCCACUGCAGGGAUGGAUCCCAACGGAAAGCGCCAGGUGUGGAAAGCUAUCCAUACCAUCCUGAAGGACAAGGGCCAAGGAGUCAUUCUGACAACGCACCACAUGGAGGAGGCGGAGGCGGUGUGUGAUCGAGUAGCCAUCAUGGUGGCCGGGCAGCUCAGGUGCCUUGGUUCCAUUCAGUACCUGAAGAGCAAAUUUGGCAAGAACUACUUGCUGCAAAUUAAAGUAAAGGGGAUAGAGCAAGGAGAGCUUCUGAAUACUCGGAUUCUACAGAUGUUCCCCCAAGCGGCUCGUCAAGAAAGGAUCUCCACUCUGUUGGUCUACAAGAUCCCAAUGGAAGAUGCUCUGCCUCUCUCCAAAGCCUUCUCCAUGCUAGAGGAAGCUAAACGAAGCUUUAACUUCGAGGAGUACAGCUUUUCUCUGAACACUUUGGAACAGGUUUUCCUAGAGCUUUGCAGGGAACAAGAGCGGGAUAAUUUUGAUACAGCCCUGGGCACAACCUUUGAGUGGAAGCAACUGCAGAGCAUGGGUCCCUAAGAGCUCAGUGGCCUGUUCCAGAGGCAGAUGUUUGCACAAGGGAGGGCUUGAAGCGAAGCAGCUGGGACACAGCAGCCCAUCUCCAAGUAAUGUCAUGCCUAGUCUGGUCCUUCAAGUGGAAGCCCUUUGGGGAAAGGAUACUGCAGUUCAUACAGGCCUCUGGAUCCAAACAAAACUCUGUGACUGACACCCAUAAGGGCCCUAUGUGGAAAUGGAAUGUUACUGUUCCCUGCUUUUGUUUUGUUUUUCAGAAAAAAGAUAUAUGCAAUACAUACCACUAGAAAAACAUAACCUAUAUGAUAUAUAGCUUUUUAUAUCUAUUGUACUAUGGAUAUAAAUUUGAGAAGCGAAACUUGUUCAGUAUUUACAAAUAUACCUAGUUUAACAGAAAGAUUGCAAGCAGCUGCAUCUCAACAUACCUAAGCUGUUCCUCCAUUCCCAUUUUUCAAACUAGGAGCUCAAAAUUAAGAGUUCAACAUAUAGAUAAAAACCACUAUGUAUGUCUACAUGUAUAAUAGAUGUUUUAAAAAGUUCUUUAUCGUCUGCACUGAAAAUAGUCUUUCUCUACAAUUGGUAUUAGUCAGAUGAGACCGCACAAAAAUGUGCCAUGCUGUUUACUAGAGGCGGUACUGGGCUGCAUGCAGACACUCGGGUAGCUGAAGGCAGACGGCAGCCUGAGGCAGAGCAGCAAAUGGUUCGUUCUCACAAGUGAAGACAGUCUGGUUAUUUUGGUACCUGAAAUGGAAAAUCCCACAGGCACCAUUUCCCUUCCCUGGAAAUGGAAGGAAAAACAUUUGGUGACUUUUCACAAUACCCCAAUCAGCUGCAUUGUUCUAAUCUCUCUGAGAAGUGUCUGUCUCACUUUAUUCUCAGAAUGAUUGGUGAAUGUAGAAACCAAAUUACAGAGCACUGAGCUGUGUGCACUGUAUUAUCUCAUACAAUGGCUGUGAUCACAUGCAGUGCUAAGCCAUGCUGUGUAAAGCUUUAUAGGUUAAACCCAGCAUCUUGAAUUGGGCUUGGAAGCCCAACAGGCAGCCAAUGUAAGCAGGCCAGAACUGGGCUUAUAUGUUGGGACCUGCAGGUCCCAAUCUGGUUGCCACAUUCUGCACCAGAUGCAGCUUCUGAACUGUCUUCAAGGGCAGCCCCACAGAGAGUGCCUAUCAUUCAGUAUAGUGAUUACCAUAGUGUAGACUAUUGAAGCCAGGCAAUCCCUGUCUAGAUAGGAGCCUAGCUGGGCCACCAGCCAAGGCUGUUAGAGGGCACCCUGAGAAACUGAGGCCACCUGAGGCUCAAGUGACAAAGACAGAUCAAGGAGCACCCCCAAGCUACGAACCAGCUCCUGCUCUAAGCUGCUGCUUCGGAUCAGUCCUGGGCUGAAUGGGGGCGAAUAAACUGAAACUUAAUCUAGGUCAAUGGAAGCCUUGUUCAUGUGAAGUUUGUCUGGCAGAUGAACAGAGAUUCCAACUAUUGGUGAGGGUUAUGCUUUCCUUUAAUGCUCAAACCCAUAGCUUGACAUACACUGGGAGCUGCUUUUUAAGAACUGUGCAAUCAUCGUAGACAGGACAGAUUUCACUAGCUUUGGGCUGGUUUGCCACCUGUGUCUUCUGGAGAAAUACAGCCAGGCCAAAGUAGCUCAUACCUCCAUAACUUUCAGACUAAUUUUCCAUAUAGUGCUCAACAAAAGUAACUGAGACAUUGCUAUGUUUUAGCUAAGGAAUACAAAGAUUUGGCCAAUUCCCCCCACAAUUCUAAUAUAUAAUGGUGAAAGAAACAAAAUUUGUGUAAACUCUAAAUAUAUUUAUGUAUACAGUAUAUAUAUACACACAGACAGAGUAAGCUUUUCUGUAGCAACUUGCAACUUAGACUAUUCAGCCCAUUCAAUACAAAUGCUAUUUUUAGUAGCCUUAUACUACAUUAUAUAUAGACUCUUCAACAUUAUUGAAUUAAAAAACUGCAAUUUAGAAUGGUUUAUCAUGCACUGCUAGGCCAUUUUUGUCACUUGACUCAGGAAGAUGCCUCUUUCAAGUACCUCUUCCAAAUUAGGGAAACUCUGAUGGUGGCCAUCGUGCCUGUAACAUUACUGAUCAUGUGACUGAUGCAAGGAUUAAAUAAUUCAAAAGGAAGAGAUGUGAUGGGAACACAAAUGCACUGAUUGUUCAUUCUGUUAUACAACUGCUUAAAAAAAGUAUUGCAAUGGAAAAGUUGACAAGUAUCUCAAAAUGACCCAAGUGAAAUAGUGUAUAGUUUCAUAUUUGAAGGGGGAAAAUCAGAUCAGUUUGAGAAUUUGACUUACAGCAAAAUCUCAUAGUAAUGUUUAUCAAAAUUAUUUUUAAACAAGUUUUAAAAAGAAACAGAAUCUAAAUACUAAGCAUAUAAUUCAUGGCUCAUCAGAGGUUAAGAUAUAUCUGAGCUUUGAGUCACCUAGAUUACAACUGCUAAAAAUAAAGGAAGUUUAGAAAAUCACCUUCUCUUCUUAUUUACUUAUCUAACUUAUAAAAAGUGAGCAGAGGGAAAUUGUAACAAAUAUUCCUGAAACUGGCAAAGUUGCAAAAAAGACUGUUAGCAAAACUUUUUUCAAAAAGCUGCGUAAUAAAACAUUAUUAUAAUUAUAUUAAAUCAUUAUAUUGCAAUUAAAAUUCAUAAAAUGCACUACAUAGAAAAAAGGAUCCUUUCUAAAAGCAUAGAUUAGAUCUAGAGCCACAGUUCUGUAAACAGAACAGCCCCUUUCCCUUGAUUGCUUUGUAUGGCUAGUGAAAUACAUUACGAGCAUUUCUAUGAAGGCAAAGCAUUAAAAGCCCUCCUAAACAAUUCCAUCAUCCCAACAAAGCGAUCCAGAAAGAUUCAUCAUGAUUUUUCAUCAAAAGAGCAAAUCAUAGUUCAGUAACGAGUGUAUUCAAAACUAAAGACAUUUCAGAAUAUUUAUAGUAUUAAUAUGGCAAAGGUGAAUAUUCAAUUGCUUAAGAAUAUAUUUUAAAUUCAUAGUGCAUAUUGCAUACUUCAAAAUAAUGAAAAUAGUCCCCUAUUAAAUCCUGACAAAUCAAUCUUUUGAAU